GUGGCUGAGGGCACUCGACGAUCUUCGGCAACGUUUCGACCAAGUCUCUGCCAAUGUUGCCAUCGCAGCGUGCAGUCGGGCAGGCAACUGGCCGUGCUCGCUGGCCGUCUACCAGGAGAUCUACGCCCGCCGCCUAGCAGAUGUUGUCACCUUCAAUGCAGUUCUGAGCGCCUGCGACAGGGCCGGGCAAUGGCACAGGGUGCGAGUCCUCCAGCAGCAAAUGGAGGCUGCCAGCAUCCUCCCCGACCUGGUCACAUACAACACGGCCAUCGGAAGCUGUGGCCGGACUGCCAGCUGGACACGAGCACUGCAUCUCAUCACCGAAAUAGGGCAGGAAGACCUUCAGCCGGACCUGAUCACGUUCAAUACGAGCAUCAGCGUUUGUGAGAAGAGAAGCGAUUGGCAACAGGCUCUGCAAUUCUUUGAUGACCUUGAGCAUGCGAGCAUUGAGCGUGAUGUCAUCUCAUUCAACGCCACUGCUGCUGCCUGUGCCCGGGCCGCGCCGGGCGAAGUUGCAGAAGCACUGCUGGGAGCGAUUUUCGAACAAGUCAUGCAGCCGAGCCUUGUGACCUACAACACGCUGAUUACAGCUCAUGACCGGAGCCAUCAGUGGCAGCGGGCACUGGAGGUCCUCGCCACAGCAUGUGCAGAGUCGCUUGUAGAUGUUGUGUCCUUCAAUGCGGCCAUGUCUGCUUGCGAUCGAGGUGGGCAGCUCCAUCAUGUACUGACAUUGAUGAAAGAUCUCCAAGAGGCGAGCAUUCAGCUCACCAUCGUCAGCUACAGUUGCGCGAUCAGUGCGUGUGAGCGGGGCGGACAAUGGCAGCAGGCUCUUUACUUUCUCAGUGAGCUCUCGCUGGCGCACGUCCGGGCGAACGUGGUCACGUAUGGUGCGGCCAUGUCGGCGUGCGAGAAAGCCGAGCGUUGGGAUUUGGCCAUGCACCUUUUUACCGACCUGGCCCGAGAAGGAUUGAAGCCGAACCUGAUCAUCUACAACGCAGCCAUGAGCGCGUGUGAGAAGGGUGCACAAUGGCGGCUGGCACUACUGCUGCUGCAGAAUCUCCUAGACGAGGCGUUAGAGGCUGACAUCGUCUCCUACGGCGCCGCUAUCAGUGCCUGUGAGAAGGGGAGGCGCUGGGACGCCGCCCUGGCCUUACUUCUGGAACUGCGCACACGAGGAGUGCCGCCCAACCUCAUCGUUUGCUGUGCGGCUCUUACCGCAGCGUGCCACUGCAGUGAGUGGCGGGCAGCUUUGUGCCUCUUCCAGGAGAUGGGUCAGUCAGGCAUCGAGGCAGACGCCAUUGCUUACGAAGUGGCCACCCGUUCCUGUGAGAUCGGUGGGCAGCACGAGGAAUCCUUGGUUCUCUUGGACGCUGUGCAGCGGGGCUCGCUUUGGGAUUUGGGCCACUGA